GUGUGGUGGCUUGGGCGGUGAUGCAGGCCCCUCCCUGUGGCGGGCCGCCGGCCGCCUCGCCGCCGCCUCAGUCGAGUCGACAGCGCUCCAAGCCGCACCGGUCCGCUCUAGCCGCGGACGCGUAAAUAGCGCGCGUAAAAAGUUUCUUCUCGCACUUCGUAACUUACGAACAGGCCCACUACAUUCCUAAACGCAUCGUAAACAAUUAAUAUCAAAGCCUACGCUUGUAUUAUGUCAAACUGUUCACGUUUUGUGUUACGAUUUUAAAACGAAGAAAGUGUUUUAGAAGAGAGAUUUAACUAUUUGCUUAAAACGAUAAAACUCAUUUCGUAUACUUGUUUCAAGACUUUUUGUUUUAUUCGAGAUAAAAAAAAAAAAAACUAAAGUGUAAUUGAGACAUUUCAGUUUAAAAAGGUUUAUUUAUUUAUUUGUAAAGUUGGAACGAUUAUGGUCUACUCCACCGAUGGGAUGUUCGGAAGGUGACAAGUUGUGGACUCCGAACGGCGGACUGGGCUCAGAGGGGACUAACUUGAUGCUGCUACAAGGCGAGGGUCGAGAUCGGCAGGGGCACGCCAUGGAGGAAGACUGCUCCGCGCGCCCCUGUGCUACAGACUUCUCCAUCGCAGCCAUAAUGGCAAGAGAUAGACAAGAGCGAAGAGAGAGGCGGAGACAUAGAGAUCCUCGAGAAGAUACUCUUACUCCACUAGAGAAAUUCGUAGACGCGACAGCGUCUGCAUCAGGAUCACCGUCACCGCCUCUGGUUGAAUUCGAGAGAGAUUCUCCGGUGGACGUUUCUUCGACUUCCGAGGCUGGGUCUGCCAGUGGUACCGCGGGCGGAUCGAGAGCCGUCUCACCCCCUCCUCGUAAUCCGCAGCUGGUUGAGCGAUGGUCCAGCGAGGAGAUGCGCCACAUACAAUGUCACCUCGAAACGAAGGAGCUUUGGGACAAAUUCAACGAACUCGGAACUGAAAUGAUCAUCACGAAGACCGGAAGGUGAG